GCGGGCGCAGCAAAGGCGGCAGGAGGAGCGCCGCCGGCCGGCCGCGCCAGUCCCUCGGGCAGCGGCGGCGGCGGCGCUGGAUUAGCUCCCGAGGUGCCGCGGAGCCCGGCGCUCCCCGGCGGGGCUAGGAGAGGAGAGAAGCGGGGGCUGCAGCUGGGCAAGGGGGAGGAAAGUGAGCGUGUGUGAGUGCGUGUGUGCCCGAGUGUGGGGGGCGACAGGCUCGAAUUAGGGCGGCAGAGAGGGCAGGGGAAGCGGGGUGCGGCCCCCUAGGGUCUCCCGCGGCGGCGCCAGCUUCCCGGCGCCCCUCAUCAUGGACUUGAGCGGAGUUGGGAUGUGCCUUGGCCGCAGCGCGCGGGUGGCUGCCCGGCUCUGGGGGUGCGCGGGCGCGCCCACAGAGAUGGCGAGGUAGGAUGGCGGUCCAGCGCGACCCCUGCCGCCCCAACCCAGUGGCCCCCGGGCGGUGCAGCUGACUCGUUGGAGCGCACUGGGGUGUGGGCGGAGGCGGCCCAGCCGUGCCUGCGUCUUCGGGAGUUGCUUUGCCUCUUCCACCCACUCGCACCUGCCACCUCGCGGAUACCAUGUCGAAGGCGGCCGGAGGCGCAUCGGCGGCGGCGGAAAGUUGUCCGCCAACCUCUGCCGGCCCGUCUGCGGCCACUGCCGUGGAGGACCUGUCCAAAGUGUCGGACGAGGAGCUGCUGCAGUGGAGCAAGGAGGAGCUGAUCCGCUGCCUGCGGCGCGCGGAGGCGGAGAAGGUGAGCGCGAUGCUGGACCACAGCAACCUCAUCCGCGAGGUCAACCGCCGCCUGCAGCUGCACCUCGGCGAGAUCCGCGGGCUCAAGGAUAUUAACCAGAAACUCCAGGAGGACAACCAGGAACUGAGGGACCUCUGCUGUUUCCUGGAUGAUGACCGGCAGAAGGGCAAGAGGGUGUCCCGGGAGUGGCAGAGACUGGGCCGCUACACGGCGGGGGUGAUGCACAAGGAGGUGGCCUUAUACCUGCAGAAGCUGAAGGAGCUGGAGGUGAAGCAGGAGGAGGUGGUGAAGGAGAACCUGGAGCUCAAGGAGCUCUGCGUGCUGCUGGACGAGGAGAAGGGCGCGGGCUGCGCGGGCAGCCGCUGCUCCAUCGACAGCCAGGCCAGCCUCUGCCAGCUCGCCGCCACCACGGCGCCCUACGUGCGGGACGUGGGCGACGGCAGCAGCACUUCCAGCGCGGGCAGCACCGACAGCCCGGACCACAAGCAUCACGCGAGCGGCGGCAGCCCGGAGCACCUGCAGAAGGCCCGGGCCGAGGGCAGCCCGGAGCACUCCAAGCACAGGAGCGCCAGCCCUGAGCAUCUGCAGAAGCCCAGGGCCUCCGCGACCCCAGAUCACCCCAAAGCCCUCAAAGGACCCAGCCCCGAGCACCACAAACCCUUGUGCAAGGGCAGCCCCGAACAGCAAAGGCACCCGCACGCGGGGAGCAGCCCCGAAGCGCUGCCCAAGCACGUGCUGAGCGGGAGCCCGGAGCACUUACAGAAGCACAGGCCCGGGGGCAGCCCCGAGCACGCCAGGCACAGCGGAGGGAGCCCCGAGCAUCUUCAGAAACACGCCCUCGGCGGGAGCCUGGAGCACCUACCCAGAGCCCGGGGCACCAGCCCGGAGCACCUCAAACAGCAUUACGGGGGGAGCCCAGAUCACAAACCCGUGGGCGGAGGCGGCGGUGGCGGUGGCGGCGGCGGCGGCGGCGGUGGCGGUGGCAGUAGGGAGGGCACCCUCCGAAGGCAGGCGCAAGAGGAUCUGUCACCCCAUCACCGGAACGUCUACAGUGGCAUGAACGAAUCAACCUUGUCCUAUGUUAGGCAGCUGGAGGCAAGAGUAAGACAGCUGGAGGAGGAAAAUCGCAUGCUGCCCCAGGGUUCUUUUAGGUUGUCAUCAGGGGCUGAUGGGAAUAACAGUUCACCCACCUCUCCAGCUAGCUUCAGUGGACAUACCACACCUUCUCAGCAGCCUGAACCCGUGGUACACUCUCUUAAGGUUGUAUGGAGGAAACUUGGAGAUGCUGCAGGUUCGUGUCCUGGAAUUAGGCAGCACUUGUCUGGAAACCAGUACAAAGGACCCAUGUGAGAAGGACUCUCUUUCAAACAUGACAUCACCACUGCAAGAGAGACAGAAGAAAAGAGUGGAUUUCCACAAACCUGGACUCAUGGAAUAACAUGGAGUGAUUGUACAUUGCACAUAUUUUCCCUCUAAAAUCUUUAGUUGUAUAACUGAAGUUGUAUUUUGUCUCUCACUUCAAUGUUCACAACAGUCAAUCUCAAACAAGGUAGCUUUGAAAAUCACCAUUUUGGUACCAAUAUUUUCAUUAGAACUAAAAGUUUUUGACUCUACAGAUCGAAGAUUGUAAUUGGGAAACCUGCAUGAUUGGAAGAGUCCAGUAGAGCCUCUGUGGUUUUGAUAGAAUUGAAUCAUUGCAUAUAAUGGUGGGAGUGUUCUACCAUAUUGUUCCAGAUAAGAGGUGGUUUCCAGCUUCCCAAGUUGGAGAGUUGGUCACCUAUUAUAUUUUAGUUAAUAAAAUACUAGUUCCUGAUGCAUAAUCGAUUUGAACGCAAGAUAAGAUUAGGUUUCUGGGAUUUUGUUUUGACUUUUGAGGUGCUAAAAAUACCACAUAAAUUUUCCUUAUCAGCUAGGAGGGUAGCAAGACUUUGUCAAGCGCUUAUCAGCGAGUACCAUUUAUUUCAAUUGAUGAAAGUAAAUAUAUCUUUUCUUUUCAUCUUAAUGUAUUGUUCAUGA